CUGAAUCUAAUCAGUGCUUCGUCUCUCAUUGCUCCGGGUUUUUGUCCGACACUUCAUUACCUUUGCUCAGGAUGGUUUUCUCUUUAGUUGCCGUUUCUUGCCUUAUUGCCGUCGCCAGCGCCGCAGGCUAUGGGCCAGGAGGUGGUAUGGGAAUGAUGAACGGCGGCAUGGGAGGAGGCAUGAUGAAUGGCGGCAUGGGAGGAGGCAUGAUGAAUGGCGGCAUGGGAGGAGGCAUGAUGAACGGCGGCAUGGGAGGAAGCAUGAUGAACGGCGGCAUGGGAGGAGGCAUGAUGAACGGCGGUAUGGGAGGAGGCAUGAUGAACGGAGGCAUGGGAGGAAUGAACAAAAUGAUGAUGAUGAUGCCAUCUAUGGGUGGCAUGAUGAAUGGAGGAAUGGGAGGCGGCAUGGGCAAAGGUAACAUGAUGAUGAUGCCAAUGGGAAUGAUGAAUAUGAUGAAAAAUGGAAUGGGCGGAAACAUGGGCGGAAUGAACAGUAUGAUGAUGAUGCCAGGCAACAUGGGCAGUAUGGGUGGCAUGGGAAGUAUGGGUGGCAUGGGAAGCAUGAAAUCCGCCUAUUAGUAAAGACGCUCACCGUAUUUAUAAUUCAUCAUCAUCGAAAGACCCCGAGGAGUUUGACAUUCUCUAUGUUUUUUUUAUUAGUGAAAACUAGAAAUAAAUUAGUGAUGCAAUGAA